CUACGAAGGAGCUGCUACGUCUGGAAUCUGAAAAAUGUGUUAGCGAGCCGGCAGAGCCAAUUGAUGAGGGAGACUGCAACACCAUGCAGGGGCUCCAAGCCGCUAAAGACAAGGCCUCCGGCCUGUUCGCCAACAAACCCCUCGUUUUCAAGAACUCACAAUAUGAAACCUUCCAUGUGGGGCAGAAGGGUUAUCAAAUGUACGAUGGCGAGGACUUGGAGACGCCACCGUCUCCUGACAGGCCACCACCACGACCCAUAGAUAAGUACAUCCGCGCCGAGUGCCCAUGCCUGUCGGCGCGGUACACGGUGGCGCUGCUGGCCUGCUUCGGCUUCAGCAUCAUGUUCGGCAUGCGAUGCAACAUGAGCAUGGCCAAGCUCAAGAUGUCGGAGAUCAACAAUACGCCAUUCAACUGGACUGUGGAGGUGGAGUCCUCGAUCGACUCAUCGUACUUUUUCGGCUACCUGAUCACCCAAGUGCCAGGAGGCUUCCUGGCCUCGAUGUACCCGGCUAACAGGAUCUUCGGAGCGGCCAUUGCCAUAUCAGCUUUGUUGAAUAUGGCGAUACCCGGAGCCAUGUCUGUGGGACCUGCUGCUGUUGUGAUUCUCAAAGUAGCUCAAGGGUUUGUUGAAGGUGUAACGUACCCCUCCUGCCACGGCAUCUGGCGGAAUUGGGCGCCGCCUCUGGAGCGCUCGCGGUUGGCCACGCUGGCCUUCUGUGGCACCUACGCUGGGAUCGUGGUGGGCAUGCCGCUGUCAGGGCUGCUUACCGACUACAUCUCGUGGGAGGCGCCGUUCUACUUCUAUGGCGUUUUCGGGGUCAUUUGGUACACGAUGUGGCUCUGGCUGGUAUUCGAGAAGCCGAGUAAGCACCCACACAUCGCUGGCAAGGAGCUGACCUACAUUGAGGAGUCGCUGGGAACGGCUUCCCAGGCUGCCAUGCCUGGCUUUUGGGCUACACCUUGGAAGGAAUUCGCGACCUCACCUCCGGUUUACGCUAUCAUUGUGGCCAACUUCUGCAGAACAUGGAACUUCUGUUUGUUAGUCAUAUUCCAGUCGGCAUAUUUCAGCAGCAGGUUUAAAAUGGAGAUUACUGAGUCCGGUUUCGUUGGCGCUAUACCUCACCUGAUCAUGACGUCACUCGUGCCUAUCGGCGGUAUGUUGGCCGAUUACCUGCGCAAGAACAACAUCAUGACCACCACCAACGUGAGGAAACUGUUCAACUGUGGCGGCUUCGGCAUGGAAGCAUUCUUCUUCGUUCUCGUGGCCUACGCCAAUAAUAAGUACGUAGCUACAAUAGAGCUGACCAUGGGUGUGGCGUUCAGUGGCUUCGCAAUAUCAGGGUACAACGUGAACCACCUGGAUAUCGCUCCUCGGUACGCGUCCAUCCUCAUGGGGCUGUCGAAUGGCAUCGGCACCAUCGCUGGGUUCCUGGUACCCAUCGUGAUUGACUACAUAACUCAAGACAGGAAAAUCUACGCGAAAGCUAUAACGGAGUGGCGCGACGUAUUCCUCAUGGGCGCCACGGUACAUUUCAUCGGCAUCACAAUAUACGGCAUAUUCGCCUCGGGCGAGCUGCAGCCGUGGGCGGAACCCACCCAGCCGUACGAGACGCCUGUCAAGUCGCUGGACCAUGAGACGACCUUUUCGGAGCAGCCAUCAGCCCCACUCAAGGGCACUGAGAACGCAGGGUACGGCGCCAUCCCUCCGCCGCGCCCCCCCGCGCCCGAGAAGCACGUGCCCAACAACCCCUUCGUGUCCGGCGCCAUCUACCAGGCCGAGCCUGUGCAGCCGCCCGCGCUGCAAUACCAGGACCCCACCGAUGGCACUUACUAGACCUUUAAGGUAUUUCUUAAGUAAUCCUGGUCCGGUAUGGAUUUCCUUAUAUUUUUAUAGAUAGGUAGAAAAAAAUACAUUUAUUACUGUUUUGAUUCAAUAGCUUGUACGAAAUAUCAUGUUGUUUCUAGCAUCCGUCGCCUGCGACAUAGUGUACCUGUAUCUACAUAUGACUAUGUGUACCUGUUUCCAAAUUAUUUUAAUAUCAGCUAUUGAAUUUCGUUAUUAUUGCUCAAAGAUGAUAGUCAUUUACUAUUAGACUUGUUAUUUAAAUUGAAUCUCAUAUUUUUAAAUAUUUGUUUACGCAUAAUCUUUGUACAGUUGUAAAUAAGUUAUAUUUGCAUAUCAAAUAUCAACGCUUUAAGUGUCAGUCAGUUACUACGUUGUAUAGCGUCUAUUUCUUGGAUAUAAUCUCAGAGUUCAGUACAAAAAAGUGCAUACCACGACUGUCUAUCAGAAUAUAUUAUAGUUAUAUAAAUAUUAUUUUCCGAUGUUCACAAAGAAGCAAAUCAACUAUUUAAAGGUUUCAAAACGCGUGCUAAACAAUGAAUAGUUAGUUGAGUAUGUUUGAUUAGAAUUUGCACAACUGAACAUUUUCAUUACUCGUAGCUAAGUUUCAUGAAAUUGUUGUAAACUGUUUAUAAAUAUUUAAGUAAUUGUUCAAAAUUUAGUAUUGUACCCAUUUGGAAAAUAUAAAUGUACUUAAUAUCUACCUAUAAUAGGUGUAGAACGAAAAUGUUAACUGUGGAGGGAAGUAAUGUUAUCAUCCUAGGUUCGAUUUAUUGUUAUUGUUUUGUUAUUUUAUUCAUAGUUAAAAUUUAAAAUUCACGAUGAAAUACUAACAAUCAAUACAACUUUAAUUUACUAUUAAACUACAUACAUUUCCCUAUCUAUUGAGUAAUGUACGAGUAGAUGCGUUGUAUAUGCUUGUAUUAAAGGAAUAUUUAAGAUACUUUAGUAAAUAUACCUACAAAAUAUGUAUUUGAAUUGUAAAAAAUACUUUAAAAAAAAUUGAUUCUGAUAUUUUAUCAAAUAAUUUGCAAAUUACUUACUACAGAUAAAUUAAAAAUGAGUUUAGGUAGCAUUAUUUGCUCAAACUGAACAUUCUUAUGAUUUUUAUAAGACGUUUGACUAAGGUACAUUGAUUUACUAAAUUUUAUGUAUUAAGAAGUAUAGAAGAGUAACUUAAUGUUUCAACCAAGUGUGAUACUUUCUUUUGCAGGCCGGUAUGAAUAUGAUUUACUAGUUUGACUAAGGUACCUAAUAUAAGCCGCAAAAGUAUGUGAUACUCAUAUUGUUAUGUAAAUAAAUGUAAUCUAUUAUGCAUGAGUAGAUAUGUACCUACCUACUUAUAAAUAUCUCGUUACUUGUAGAUGCAUAUUUAAAUAUAUUUAUUAAAUAUUGCAUGGACACUAGUACGCUUAUUUACCCUUUGCACUCUCCCACUUGCACCUUAUUAAUUUUACCCAGUUAAAAAUUUAGUAGCAAUAGUUUUUUGUAGAUUGUUGUAAAUAAUAUAGGUAAUUACUGCACCACACUUUGACACUCAUAUGGGUUAUAAGGCACAAUGCACAAGGUAGUAAAGCACGAGUAAUAAUAAUUCGAUUGAGAUUUUGAGGUAAUUCGACCAGUAUAAUAAAUUAAAAACGACAAUAAUUAUGAAAGUGCUAGAUCUUUUUGCUUUUAUUGAGGCUAAUAAGAAAAUUAGGUGAAGAGAUUAAGAUUCUCAACCAACAACGACAAUAACGGAGAAUAUGAGACCAAAUAAAUAUACGAAAUUCACUCGUUAAUAUGCACUCAUAACUUACGAAUGUUUUCAAAAUUAUAAAAAAAACUAAUAACUUAUGUAAAGACAAUAAUUAGAUACUGAAUUCGACCACUUCACUCGUUAAAAAAUUGCACAUCGUAAAAUUCAUUUACAUAAAUGACAAUAAAAUUAAAUGUGACAAUAAACAUGAUUCUCUUUUGAUUAUAAUAAUUCAAAUAAACGCAAAAUGACACUUAAUAAGUAGUACUAAUUGAAAUACAAUUGGUCCAGUUUGAGCCAGCAUGGACCCACUAUGAUGUGCUUUUUUCAGAAAAUACGCAGGCAAACGUGUAAAAACACGAAUUUGUUUUAUUUAUACAUACUUUUUCAAAUAAAUAAAACAUUUGCCUUAAAGCCCUGUCAUCGGGUGGGGGUAUUUAUAAAUAGUUAACUAGGCUCUUAGUUUCCAAAGCAUUUAAUCGGAAAUACAUAAUAAGUAACUCAAUGAAAUCGGUGAUAAAAUCGAUAAUAAUUAAGUAGCUUUCGAAUGCCGAUAGGUUUAUUGAAAUUAAUUGUAAAAGUAUAAUAACGUAUCAAAUAAGGAAAAUAUAGGCGAAAGGUUUAGUGUUAGAGACUAAAUAAUAGAGGACAGUAACAGAACAUAGAAUAUCGUUUAAAUUUCUACAGUUUAAAAAAGCAGAUUGAACAUCAAGACUUAGUGAAAGUUCUCUACCUACAAUAUCAGUAGGUACAAUAUUGUAUGUAUGUCUAUGGUAAGACAUGUUUAAAAUAAACACAAAAUAAAUCACUUUGGCAGAAAAAAUACGAAAUAAUUGGCUAUUGACACACCAAGUUCCACACCUGAAUAACUAAGGUCUGUUAAACUUAAAUUUCAAGCCAGUAGAAACCUUUUAGUCGUAAGAAAACACUUUAAUAUUAAUAUUUUUUUAUGAAACCAGCAACAAGUAACAUUCUGAAUGCUCGAUAUAACCAAAUGAUGAAAUGAAGUUUUAGAUUUUGAAAUAUUUCACUAUGAAUAGGAGAGACAGUGCUUCUAAAGGUCUUUAGUAGAAAUAUUGCGAUUCCAUGUUUGGUAACUGCUGUCCUCUAAAUAGUCGUUGAACUCAACUGGACAAUAAAAACGGUAGCUUAGCUGUAAGAUGGCGAUAGCCGUGCAAAUGAUAAUAAUUUACUAAUUACUGAAAAUAGAUUAGAGUUAAUACUUAUAUCAAGAACUUGUUGGACAUGGGUGGGAAUUAUCAUAACCUAUAAUAUCAUUGAUAUAAUAAGCUUUAUCCAAUGCUAGAUUUAUUCGUCUGUAAUAAUGUUGAUUUGCUCUGCAUCACAGAGCCACAAAAAACAGCAAGUAAAAUAACUCAAUUUGUUUUGAUUUGAUUAUGUCAUGAAAUUAAAUAUUUACAAUUAUUAUUUGACUGGUAAUAUUAUGAGGUAAUUAUUGUUGUUAAUUUAAUACUUUCGUGAUACUUAUUAAAAAUGAAUUACAUAAUGUUAUAAUUAUGAAUUUGUUUGUGGAGUUUGGUGACGUCCUUUUAUCAGGGAUCAUUUUCAUUGUAAACUAUUUCUAAAAUUGUUAGAAUUAUAGAAUAACUAGAAUGUAAAACAAGUGUUGUUUUAAAGAGUCUCUACGCCGUCAAUUCUGUGCUGUAAUAUAUUUUGAAUAACGAUGAGAAAUAUUACUUGAAUGUGUAGUUAUUAUCUAAUUACGAAUAAUAAAAUCACAUUAUUUUUAUAGAAAUAAAACAUUUUAAAAAUAUUUACGUAAGGAAACGUAGUAAAUUGCUAUAAAUUAUGGUAUCAUUAUUUUUAAAUGGACGCACCAAAUAUGUAAAAACGAUGAUUUUUUAUUCUUUUUAUUAAUGAUUAAAGUCAAUAUUUCAUUUACAGCAUAAUGCAGAUUUAUACAAAUCACAAAUAAUUCAAAUUAAUGUUUAAAAUGUUACUUAAUUCAUUUAUAUUGUUGCAAUAUAAUGUUAUGAAAGGUUUGCUUUCAGGCUAGGUAAAAAUGUUUAUUGUUUACGUGUUUUAUUAAAUGAUAUUGUGGUAAAAUCGCCGGGAAUUGUGCAUGUAAAAAUUAGUAGUUUAUUUCUAUUAUAGGUUUUACAUAAAAAUCUAAAUAGUACUGAUAAUAAGAUCUUCUUUCUCAAACUGUCACACACGGAAGUUGCUAAAUUUUUAGGUUUCCAUGAAGAUCUGUAGAAACGUGAGCUUCGAGGAAAAAAGUUGUAACGUGCUAUAGUGUAUGUUCGUAUAGUGCAAUGAAAUGACAACAACUAACGACACAGGAGAACGUGGUAAAAUAAAUUAGGCACGCCAAUAUAACAGUAGUCAAACCCUAGUAGGGUUAGUUAACAACUGAUUUAAAAAGAUGGACCAUCAUAGAAAAAGUUUUUAAACACGUCAUAGUCACAUUAAUCUGUUUUUUGAAUGUUGGUCUUUUCGCCAAUAAAAGCUCGCCAUUGACGUUUUCAUCUAACGUUUUUUGGCUAAUAAUAUGCGCAUAGAAGAUUUUAGUUAUAAUUUGUUUUCUCAAUGAUAAUUUUCACAAUGUCCAAAACGAUGGCGUAAAGGGUACCGAUCCCCCAAACACUUGUUGACGCGCACCGAUUGUGAAACGUAGAGUAACGUAAACCUAUUUUUAGCUAGAAUUUAGUAAUAAGUAUCAAGUUACUAGGAAUAAACAUAAAUAAUAAGUACCUACUCAAUUUAUUUUAUCUAGAUAUCUUACAGAUACUUUUGGAGGUUUAUUUGUUGAAAAACGUUUCUUAAAAUAUUUACCGCUUUUGCGUCUCUACCAAAAUUCUGCAUUUUUGAUUCACAGUUGAUAAAACAGGAAAUAUUAUUUUCUCAUUGGAAGUAAUAUUAAAAAACAAUUUAAACUGAAUUCUAGACCGUACCUACGUAUUCAUUCACGUUAUUUUGAUUCAACAACUCGAGAAUAAAGUUUUAAGUUUAAUCGUCAUGGCAGAUUAAAAAAUAAUUUUACUUCAUUAUUAUUUUUGCCUAAUAUUAUUAUAAUGAUAGGUUACAUAAGUAAGUGAUUAUGAUAAUAAUAACUAGUUCAUAGGGAUCAUAGAGAUAUGACAAUAAUUUUACUUACAAUGGGGUGAUCUCACUCUAUAAGGCUGUGUUGACAAUAAAGCUUCACAAAGCGAACUGUAGAUGUAAAGAUAAUCGAUAAAAUAACUAUACUAAAGUCUAGGUUUCGUAUACUAGGAUCGUAGGUUUUUGCAUUAUUUAUUCUAAAGUAAUAUUGAUUGUGUUUGUUUUAAAAUAUAAAAUAGUAAAUCUUAAUUACACAAGUCAACAAUAUGUUUAUGGGUUCCGUUUUGUCUUUUUAUUGGCUUAUUAGAUAUUUGAAUAAUUAGCAAGUACUACCUAUUAUUAAAAUUAUAAAAAUCGAUUAAAGUCUAUAUUUUUCAUUAAUUUGUUUGUUCCAGUUACUUUUUAUGCCUGUUAUGGUAGAGCUUUCUUGUAAUUUGUAAAUAUUUAUAGAUAUGAUAUCAAAUAAGGUACUAGAAAUAAAAAUAAUACAAGUGUGUGUAUCUUGUAUUAAUUAUUAAUCGAUUUCACUAAUGUUUACAUUAUAAUAAAUAUAGGAUUAGUAUUCACGAGUUAUAAGGCUUCAUAUUUGUGGUUUUAAUUAUGAAAUAAACUUUAUACAGUGACAUCACUAGGUUGCUAAAUAAAUCCUACAUAAAUAAAUGCAAUAAGUUCGAAGAUACAAACGUAUAUUUUUUUCAAUAACUUCUAAAUAUGUAUUAAUAGUUAUUAACUUCAUAAUUAAUCCUUUCUAUAUUUUAGGUGGCGUACAAUAAAAAACUAUUUAAUAUCUAUAUUAUAUCUAAUUUUACGAUACAUAAAUGUGGAGCCCUAUAAUCCGUUAUUUACUUGCCAAAAGAGCACUGAUUUGUCAAUUAUUGAUUAGACUCAUACUUAAGGAUUUUCUUUGAAGUCCUGACGUUGCUACUGCUGUAAAUAAUUUGUGUCGCUUAUACCUGUUUAUCAUUUCACUUCACGAAUCAUCAUAGGCAAUAGAUAUUGAGAAAUAAUAGUGACGUCCCAAAAAUAGCCCUUAUUAUGUUACAUUUAGCGACCCACCUAAAUUUUGAAAAUUAACGGUGUAGAGUUCUUUAGUAAUAGAAUGUUAGUUCUGAAUCGGCGCCUAUGGCUUUUUUACAAUUGUUUAGAAAAAACACAAUUUUGCAAAUGAUAGUUUUAUUUGCUUUCUCUCUGAUCUUUUAUAUUUCAUUUAAAUCUCCCUUUAUUAGGUAUAUAAUAUUUUUUGUUUCCUAGGCCGGUUAGUGUUAUCACCUAACAUUUAAUUAAUUGUUGUAAAUAAUUAAGCACUAAGGUGCUUAUAAAUUAUAAAUGUUAUAAGCACCUUAUAAUUUAUAAAUGUUAAGACAUUUAUAAAAAUACGUAAAUUAUAAUUGCACUGGGGUUCAAUCAGGCCUAUGAUAAAAUAGUUGUAAAUAGUUAAAAAAAAAAUAACACACAUACUAAAAUUAUCGGAAUAUUAUACUAAGUAAAAUAAAACACAUUUUUAUUUGGAUACUUAAUAUUAUAUCUUAAUUACUGUUUUAGCUCACAAAUUCUGAACGAUAUAAAACAAGGUUUCUUUGAAAUAUGUACGAGUAUGUAUUAUAAUACUCGAUUCUUUUAUUUAGUUUAAUAUGUGUAAAUAAUAUUUUAAUAUUAAGUGAAUAUGUAGUUAUAAUAGGAUGGGGAAAUGUAGUGUUGUUUUAUUGUCACUGAAACUCUAAAUAACUACUUUUGAAGGAUGUUCUAAGUUGUUGUGAUUUUAUAUUAAUAGACAAAUUAAUAAAUAAAUUAGUUUUAGUCAUUAUUUUUAAAUAUUUACUAAAUUUUUUGUUAAUAGUUGAUUGCUUAUUGUUUUUUUAUUGUUAUUCUUAUUAGUCGUUGAUUAUUUUUAAUGUUUUUAUAGUAUAAUGUACAAAUAUGUACUUAUUGUUAAUGUACGAUAUUAUAAACUAGUAAUGUAUUUAUUUCUUGGUGACCAAUCGUAAAAUUCAUCUGUUAGUCGUGAUGAAUCAACAUCAACUUUGGUCUUUUUGGAAUGGUAACAUUAACUUCCCAUAAUAUAUGUAUGUUUGAACUUUAAA